AUGACCUUCCUAAGCAGCUCUUCUACAGGCGAUGAUAUUAUCACGUUUCAGCCAAUUUAUUGUCAAUUGGUGAGACUGCAUGAUGGAUCCCCUUUAUUCGGUCAAGAAACAUUCAGUGCAACUGGUAAAAAGGUCACUCAGUUUCUUGGCAUUCCUUUCGCUGAACCGCCAUUAGGACAACUACGCUUCAGGAAACCGAAGGCAAAAUUGCCGUGGAGAACACCAUUGAACGCAACCAGACUGCCAAACUCAUGUGUACAGAGUUUGGAUACGUAUUUCGGCGAAUUCGAAGGAGCAACAAUGUGGAAUAGUAAUGUUCCAUCAUCUGAGGACUGCCUCUACUUGAAUGUCGUCGUUCCGGGCGAAAUCGAUCCCAAUAAAAAACUUCCAGUCAUGGUUUGGGUGUAUGGUGGAGGAUUUUGGUCGGGAUGUGUAACACUUGAUAUUUACGAUGGCAAGAUUCUUGCAAGUGAAGAGAACGUGAUUUUCGUAGCGAUGAACUAUCGUGUGAGCGUAUUUGGAUUUCUUUAUAUGGGCAGGGAAGAGGCACCUGGAAAUAUGGGGCUGUGGGAUCAACUUCUCUCUCUUAAAUGGGUGCAUAAGAAUAUCGAUUUAUUUGGUGGUGAUCCGAAUCAGGUGACUUUAUUCGGUGAAAGCGCUGGUGCGGCUGCGGUAUCGAUGCAUGUGCUCAGUCCAAAGAGUGCACCAUACUUUCAAAGAGCAAUUGUUCAAAGUGGCAGUGCGACAUCGCAUUGGGCGAUGAAAUCGAGGCAAGUGGCUAUCGCCAGGUCAGUGGCGCUGUAUGAGGAUAUGCGGUGCGGCAAUAUGUCAAAAGAUCCACAACACUGGGAUUUAGAUAAGGUUUUGCGGUGUUUGCUCGAUGCACCAGCCGAAUUGCUUCGUGACUCAGAGUGGGCACCUGUAAUGGAAUUUGUAGACUUUCCUUGGGUACCGGUCAUCGAUGGUGACUUUUUGAUUGAACAGCCGAGUAGUUCAUUAAAGCAAGGUGGUUUCAAGAGAGCACCAUUACUAGCUGGUUCAAAUCUCGAUGAAUCAAUCUACUUCAUCGUUUACCAACUUGCUGACGUCUUCCCACCGAAGGAUUUCUUUACGAAGAAGGAUUUUGUAAAGAGUCGUGACGUAUGGCUGAGAAGUGUGACAAAUCUGCUGCCUAGACAUAUGAUCAAAUCUUCGGUGAUACUCUCCGCAAUCGUUCAUGAAUACGAACCUGGUGAUUUACCAGUAACACCAAGUGAUUGGUUAAAUGCACUUGAUAAAAUGCUUGGUGAUUUACAAUUCACGUGCAGUGUUAAUGAAAUGGCACUUGCUAAUAGCAUGCAUGGAGGUGAUACCUACUAUUAUUACUUCACACAUCGUGCAACCCAACAAAUGUGGCCUGCGUGGAUGGGUGUACUACAUGGAUAUGAAAUUAAUUUCUUAUUUGGUGAACCGUUAAACACCAAGAAAUAUCAUUACACUCGAGAGGAACAAGAGCUCAGCAGUCGUUUCAUGCGUUACUGGGCAAAUUUCGCGAGAACUGGCAAUCCGAACAUCAAUCCAGACGGAACAUACACGCCGGAUGUGUGGCCAAAAUAUACACAAGCAAAAAUGGAAUAUAUGAAUCUUACGGUUGAAUCUGAUUACAACAAUGGUGCAGCACGGAUCGGUACUGGGCCAAGACGGAAACAGUGCGCAUUUUGGAAGAAUUAUUUACCGAACCUCAUCGCUGCUUUAGGUGGGAUGUUAUUUUUAAUGACAACUUUUUUUAUAAUACACCUUUCUGCUAGUGAUAUGGGUGACCAGUUGGUACGGUGGAAGCAAGAGUUAGAUCAUUGGCAAAAUGAAUAUAUUGUCGAUUGGAAAUUACAUUUCGAGCAAUACAAAAAAUAUCAGUUGUAUCGAUAUGCUGAUUCGGACGCUGGCCAAUGUUAA